AUGCAGUUAGAUAGUGCUAUACGUGCUAGAAAAUUAUUCUCCAAUGGAAAAAUCCAGAAUUCUUUAGGGGAGGGAGGUGGUCAACUACUUGGACCAGGACUGUCAAAUCUUGAAUAUGGACAUCUGGGUGAGAUUAUGGGCCGUUCUGUUUGGGCUCCUCAGAUUUUCAAUUGUGGGGCUCCCGAUACCGGAAAUAUGGAGGUUUUGCUACGCUAUGGGACUAAAGAUCAACUAGAACAAUGGCUUAUCCCCUUGCUUGAUGGCCAAAUACGUUCUGGUUUUGCAAUGACCGAACCACAAGUAGCAUCCUCCGAUGCUACAAAUAUAGAGUGCUCCAUUAAAAGAGAUGGAGAUUCUUAUAUAAUUAAUGGAAUCAAGUGGUGGACAAGUGGGGCUAUGGAUCCAAGGUGCAAACUUCUCAUCGUUAUGGGUAAAACAGAUUUUGAUGCCCCAAAGCACAAGCAACAGUCCAUGAUCCUUGUUGAUGCUAAAACUCCUGGGGUACAUAUUAAGAGACCCCUGAUGGUGUUUGGCUUUGAUGAUGCCCCUCAUGGCCAUGCUGAAGUGUCCUUUCAAAAUGUACGUGUGCCAACCAAGAACAUUUUACUUGGAGAAGGUCGUGGAUUUGAAAUUGCUCAGGGUAGGUUAGGACCUGGAAGGCUGCAUCAUUGCAUGAGACUUGUUGGUGCAGCGGAGCGUGGUAUGCAAAUGAUGACUGAAAGAGCACUUCAACGUAAAGUGUUUGGUAAACUGAUUGCUGAGCAAGGCUCAUUCCUCUCUGAUAUUGCCAAGUGUCGUGUAGAGCUAGAGAAAACUAGACUUCUGGUUCUGGAAGCUGCUGACCAACUUGAUCGUCUUGGAAACAAAAAGGCCCGUGGGACCAUUGCAAUGGCUAAGGUAGCUACUCCAACUAUGGCGCUGCAAGUGCUGGACAUGGCCAUGCAGGUGCAUGGCGCCCUGGGCUUGUCCUCUGACACUGUCUUGUCACAUCUGUGGGCUACGGCAAGGACCCUGAGAAUCGCCGAUGGUCCAGAUGAGGUACAUUUGGGUACUAUUGCCAAACUGGAACUGCGAAGAUCCAGGCUUUAAGGAUUCUAGAAUAUGCAGAAACAUAAACUUAAUAACUGUUGUAGAUUGCUACUGGAGAAAGAAAUAAAUGUUGUGAAGUUAUGUAGAAUGCAUCCAUGAGAAAAGGGCAUUGUAGGCUCAGCAAUGUAAUUGGUUAUACACCCUGUAUCUUAUUAAGGUAAUUGAGAAUGCUCAUAGAAAAUACAAAACUGUAUUUCAUUUGAAAUUCUGUAAUUGGGAAAAUUCUAGUGUUUGAAUGGCUUAAAAUUUGUAAUCGGUCAAAAUUCUGUAACAGUUGAGAAAUUCUAUGAAACCAAGGAUUUAGAAUUAUAGUUUA